AUUCUGUCAAAUGUUAAUUAAUUGUACCGAUCAUUUCAUUCAGUUAUCAGUGGGCUCAUCGCCAUAACGUCAAACGCACGCGUUUUAUUGAAUAAUUCAUGUAUUUUGUAUCUUGAGACGGUUCAAGGUCUAAACUGCGAUCAGUUGCUCGUUCCCGUGAACUAAGUUUUUGCUCUCAUAAGUUUGACCUUAGUCAGUUGCUUGUUUACCCUCUACGAUAUGCGUGUGCGCACAUCAGUUUCCGAGUUAAAUUGAAUAAAAUUGUCCAGUGAAACGUUCGUGUUCAUAGUGGUUUUUAAUCCAGUGUAAAAAAAUAUAUCAAAAUGAGUAACUUAGAGGCGGCUGUGACAGAUUUUUUCGAAAAUGUUCAAGUCUUGCCUAUUGUACUGGGGGUGGGGUCAGUGGUGUUGAUAACAUCAGUAGUAGCCCACUUUAUAUGGGGAAGGAAACCGGCCAAGAAAGAAGCUCGAGCUCCAGCUCCACAGAAGAGCUCACAGCUCAUCACAUUACAGGAUCCUAAUGUGAAGUAUGCUCUACCUCUGAUAGAGAGGGAAGAGAUCAGUCAUGACACAAGGAGGUUCCGAUUUGGUUUACCAACUCCAGAACAUGUUCUAGGUUUGCCAAUUGGCCAGCACAUUCAUUUGUCAGCCAAGAUUGAUGAUGAUCUCGUCAUCAGAUCCUACACUCCUGUCUCCAGUGACGAUGAGAAAGGAUAUGUCGAUCUUGUUAUUAAGGUAUACUUCAAAAAUGUGCACCCUAAGUUCCCUGACGGCGGUAAAAUGUCUCAACACUUGAACAGUUUGAAUAUCAACGACACGAUCGACGUACGAGGACCGUCAGGAAGAUUACAGUACGCCGGCAAUGGGAAAUUCCUUAUCAAGAAGUUGAGGAAAGACCCACCAGUAACUGUAAAUGCUAAGAAACUUAACAUGAUUGCAGGUGGCACUGGCAUUGCGCCAAUGCUCCAACUCAUCAGACACAUAUGCAAGGAUGGCAAUGACCGCACGGAAAUGAGACUAUUGUUUGCCAACCAGACAGAAGAAGACAUCUUGUUAAGAAAUGAACUGGAAAAGUAUCAAUCUGAACACCCUGAGCAGUUCAAAGUGUGGUACACUCUUGACAGACCUAGUGAAGGCUGGCAAUACAGCGUGGGUUUCAUCAAUGAUGAGAUGAUCAGUCAGCAUUUGUUCCCGCCAGGCGAUGACGUCAUAGUCCUCAUGUGUGGACCUCCUCCAAUGAUCAACUUCGCUUGCAACCCAGCUCUUGAGAAACUGGGCUUCGCCGAAUCACAACGCUUUGCAUAUUAAAAACUGGGAAUGUUUAACUAGAAUAGAUUGGUUUGCAAUGUUGCCGCGUUAGUACGUUGUUAUUUUUAUUUGAAUGGGUAGUUUUCUGCUUUGUAGUACAUAUAUUUUUGUAUAAAUAAUUCAAGAAACUUCUAUGUAUGCACAAAUAUCAAGGAUAAAAGACAGCUUUGUAAAUUCGUACCCGCAAAUUUGAAAAACUGAGCCAGCCUCAAAAUUAUUCCAAUUUUCGCAUUUUGUUAGCUAGGUACCUGCCAAUUAAUUAAAUGUAUGUAUUUUGAGUAUAUGGGGAUGAAAAGCAAUGUUUAAAAGUUACUGAUUUGUUGAAUUCCAAAGCAAUACAAAAUAACUUGGUUUAGUCCGAGAUUAUUAAGUAUAAAAUGUUUUAUACAGUUGAUAGCAAUAAAAACUCGUUAUGUUUGUAUGUGAGAGUUUUUUGAAAUAGUCUGUGUCUAGCUGUUGUUGAUUAUUUAAGUACACAUUACUAAUGUAGUGAGUAACCGCAGUACAUAAAAUAAAAUAUUAUUGUUACAUA